UCCCAUCAAUAAACACCAAACAAAAUAUCUUGCAAAGAGACUGCAAACCAAUAACAUGGGGUUGUGUAAGACGUCAUUUGCCUUGGUUUGUCUCGUAGGUUUAGCCCUCCUCCAACCCACUCUUGCCCAAGACUCACCACAAGACUACCUCAACGCCCACAACGCCGCUAGAGCGGCAGUAGGUGUUCGAGCCUUAACUUGGGAUCCAAACCUAGCAGCUUAUGCACAAAGAUAUGCCAAUUCCCGUAAAGGUGAUUGCAAUCUUGUGCACUCUGGCGGGCCUUAUGGCGAAAACAUAGCAAUGAGCAGCGGUGACAUGUCUGGCACAGCUGCGGUGAACUUGUUUGUGGCAGAGAAGGCCAACUAUAACUACAACUCAAACACCUGUGCUCCUAACAAGGUGUGUGGCCAUUAUACUCAGGUUGUUUGGCGCAACUCAGCUCGUGUAGGAUGUGCCAAAGUUAGGUGCAACAAUGGAGGUACCUUCAUUGGGUGCAAUUAUGACCCCCCAGGCAACUAUGUAGGCCAGAAGCCUUACUGAAUUAGCGAUCAGCAAACCUCUUGUGUCUAAAUGAAAGCUUACAGUACUUUAAUAAGAGCUUUCAUUUUUAAUAUAUGAGAAUAAAAUUUGGUAUUUUCUU